AUGCGAGUGGUUCAUCCAUCAUCAUCAUCAUCGGAUCAAAGUAAUAAUAAUCACAGUAUGAACAAUUCUGCUCCUCUUGAAGAGAUUCAAUACGUAGCACCUGAUGAAGAUGGAAGUUUGGCAUCCACUUCUCAUGUUACAUUCUAUGAUAUUGAAGAAGCCUUUGCAAGAAUUCGACCUUUACUUCCACCAACUCCAUUACAGGAAUCCAUGGUUCUCACACAAGAAAUUUUCGGACUUCAAAAAGGAGUGUUGCAUCCAAGAAAGGUGCAUUUAAAAUAUGAAAAUAAGCACAUGACUGGUAGCUUUAAGGAAAGAGGUGCCAUUAACAAAUUGGCAUCUUUGACUGCUGAGCAAAGAGAACGUGGUGUUGUGGCAUCUUCUGCAGGAAAUCAUGCUCAAGCGGUUGCAUAUCAUGCAAUGAGACUCGGAAUUAAGGCAACUAUUUGCAUGCCAGAAAACACUCCACUUGCAAAAGUGGCAGGAACUAGAAGAUAUGGAGCUGAAGUUGUGUUAAUUGGAGAAUCCAUUGAUGACGCUUAUCAGGAAGCAUUGAGAAUUAAGGACGCAGAAAAUAGAGUUUUGGUCCAUCCUUUUAAUGACAAUGACAUUAUUGCCGGACAAGGAUCACUAGGACUUGAAUUAUUGGAACAAUCUCCAUACAUCGAUACCAUUGUGUGUCCAAUUGGAGGAGGAGGUCUCAUUUCUGGUACAGCCAUUGCAGUGAAAACAGUCAACCCUAAAAUUAAGGUCUAUGGUGUUCAAACUGAAAACAUUCCAUCCAUGAUCACAGCUAAGAAAGAAAGAAAAGCCAUUAUGGUUCCAUACAAAUCUACCAUUGCUGAUGGUAUUGCUGUGAAAAGAGCAGGAGAUUUAACAUUCCCAAUUGUUGACAAGUACGUCGAUGACAUUGUCACUGUGAGUGAAAGUGAAAUUGCACAUGCAGUUCUCGUAUUACUCGAACGAGAAAAGACUCUUGUUGAAGGCGCUGGUGCUACUGCUGUGGCUGCAUUAUUGUCUGGAAAGUUACCUGAAAUUACAAAACCAAACAGUUCUUCUCAUCGUGUUUGUGUUAUUCUUUCGGGAGGAAAUAUGGAUAUUGGAACAGUGAGAGAUAUCAUUGACAGAGGUUUAGCACAAAGUGGUCGUUUGGUUAGAGUUAGAGCGGUGGUUCCUGAUGUUCCAGGCCAAUUGGCUAAAGUGUUGACACUGCUUGGUGAAUUGAAAGUCAACAUUAGAGAAGUUGACCACGAAAGAACUGAAAAUGUGCCAGUUGGUUUCACAGCAACCAUUAUCACAUGCCAAACCAAAGGUUUUGAACAUAUUGAACUCGUCAAAGAACAACUCAGCAAGAAACAAUUCACUUUUGAAAUCCUCACUGCUCACGUAAUUUAA